AUGAAGUAUCAGGUUGUGUUGCUAGAACAAGAUGAUGUUACUUUGAAAACUACUAACAUUGUUAAUCCUGCUGUCUUUUUGAAUGCUCAACAAGCAGAAGGUCCGAUUGAGCAUGACUGUCUGACUACUAUUGAGUAUGUCUAUUCCAGCAGGUCGGAUUUAAAAGAUAUUCCACUAACAGAACCAGAUUGGGAACUGUUUACAGACGGCGGCAGCUUUGUGGAAAGUGGAACCCGAUAUGCGGGAUAUGCAAUUACUACAGAAACCCAGGUCAUAGAAGCUGAAGCUCUGCCCAGUAAUACAUCAGCCCAGAAGGCAGAAACCAUAGCCCUAACAAGACCUCUGGUAAUAAGUCAAGGGAAACGAGUGAAUAUAUGGACAGACUCUAAAUAUGCUUUUGGAGUGGUACAUGCGCAUGGAAUCUUGUGGAAAGAAAGAGGACUUUUGUCAGCACAAGCAUCGCCUAUUAAGCAUAAAGAAGAAAUAGCAGCUCUAUUGAAAGCUGUCCAGCAGCCAAAGGCUGUAGCAAUCACGCACUGGAAAGCACAUCAAACGGGAACUACGAAGGAAAUGGUAGGCAAUAGACUAGCAGACAGAACAGCAAAGGCAGCGGCAAAGGCAGUGGCCAAAAGAAGGUGAUGCUCGGAGAUGUUGGCACUGCUUCUCAGUUGUAUUUACUGCGGCAAAGAGCGAAGUCCACGUAGCUGUGGAUGCAGUUUACAGGUGAUUGCACUUAGUAAGAGAAGCAAGGAGGCUGAGACGGCUUUCCUGAGCGUUUACAAGCAAUUAAUCGAAGCUCCAGACCCCGCUCCUGUGCUGGAGGCUGCCCGGAGCCUGGAGGACCAGCUGCAGCAGCUCCAGUGCCUCGAGCCUGAACCGCCCCCGCUGAAGGACAUCAGCCGCCCCUGGAAGAAGCACCCAGAGCUCGUCAGCACCAAAGAGCGCAGAGAGGGGACGUCACCGGCAGCCGGGCUCGCGGCAGCGGCUGAGCCCCCGCUCUCCGGCAUCGACGGCAAAGCACUGUGCGCAGAAACCUUGCUGCAGAGAAAUGAGGCAGAAAAGCAAAAGGGGCUGCAGGAAGCACAGGUCACUUUGGCCGCUCGGCUCGGGGAGGCAGAGGAGAAGAUCAAAGUGCUCCACGCAGCGCUGAAGGCCACCCAGACGGAGCUGCUGGAGCUGCGGUGUAAAUACGAUGAGGAAGCCGCUUCCAAGGCAGACGAAGUAGCCAUGAUCAUGACGAACCUCGAAAAAGCCAACCAGCGAGCGGAGGCGGCGCAGAGGGAGGUGGAGAGCUUGCGGGAGCAGCUGGCGGCUGUGAAUAGCUCCCUCCGCCUGGCCUGCUGCUCCCCGCCGGGCGCUGCCGGGGACAAAGUGAACUAUUCCAUGUGCUCAGGGUCGAGGCUGGAGGCGGCUCUGGCUGCCAAGGACCGGGAGAUCCUGCGGCUCCUGAAGGACGUCCAGCACCUCCAGAGCUCGCUGCAGGAGCUGGAGGAGUCCUCUGCCAACCAGAUCGCCGAGCUGGAGGGGCAGCUGGCCGCCAAGAACGAAGCCAUCGAGAAGCUGGAGGAGAAGCUGCAGGCGCAGGCAGACUACGAGGAGAUCAAAACGGAGCUGAGCAUCCUGAAGGCGAUGAAGGUGGCCUCCGCCAGCUGCAGCCUUCCCCAGGCAAGUGUCGCGGCGCAUGCCAACACGCUCGCCGGGCUGUGGUGCACGUGCCAGCCCUGCCGCCGGUGGCUCCGCCGCCCUUUCCCAUCUCGGCUUGGCUCCUUGCAGAGUGUAUCGAAGGCAGAGGAGGCCCUGCUGCUGGGGAAGGAGGCUUUCUACCCCUCCCAGAAGUACCUGCUGGAGAAGCCCAGCCUCCUGGCCAGCACUGAGGAGGAUCACUCCGAAGACGAGUCGGGGAAGGAUUCGCUGGGCAUGGAGCAGCCGUACCCGUCCCCCCAGCACGCCCCGGCAGACGAACCCACCUCCCCCACUCCCCUCCCGCCUCUGCCCGGCCCCGGCCUGGCCCCCGACGGCCCCCGGACUUUCUCGCUGUCCCCCUUCCCGGGGGGCGAGCGGCUUUCGGGGGACCCCAAGGCCCCCCACCUCCUACCACCCGCCUACAAGAACGAGAGUGCCGGUGGGGGGCCGCCCUUCCCCUCUGCCUUCUUCGGGGCCAAAAGCGGUGCCGUGCCCCCCGGCACCGCGCCGGCUGCCAGCACUGCCAGCCCGCCCGGGGAGCCGACCGAGGGCAGCGCCGGCAGCUCUGCCGACGAGGAGCAACUGGACACGGCCGAAAUCGCCUUCCAGGUGAAGGAGCAGCUGCUGAAGCACAACAUCGGGCAGCGGGUCUUCGGGCAUUACGUGCUGGGGCUGUCGCAGGGCUCUGUCAGCGAGAUCCUGGCCCGGCCCAAGCCCUGGCGCAAGCUGACGGUGAAGGGCAAGGAGCCGUUCAUCAAGAUGAAGCAGUUCCUCUCCGACGAGCAGAACGUGCUGGCCCUGAGGACUAUCCAGGUGCGCCAGAGAGGUAGCAUCACGCCGCGGAUCAGGACACCGGAGACUGGCUCUGACGACGCCAUCAAAAGCAUCCUGGAGCAGGCGAAGAAGGAGAUCGAGUCGCAGAAGGGAGGGGAACCCAAAACGCCGUCAGCGUCGCAGGCGGUGGCCAAUGGGGCGGGCGGCAGCAGCUCGGAGGAUGCCAUCAAGAGCAUCCUGGAGCAGGCGCGGCGGGAGAUGCAGGCGCAGCAGCAAGCGCUGCUGGAGAUGGAGUCGGGGGCCAGCGGGCGCCCCGGGGACACACCGCCCGCCGAGCGCUCCACGCUGGCCGCCGUCAGCCAGAACAUCGUCCCGACCUACGUCAAGCAGGAGGAGGGGAGCGGGGCCAGCCCUGGCCCCCCACAGACGCCCCUGGCUGUCCUCUCGCCCGCCGCCUUUGUCCAGAGCAUCAUCCGGAAGGUGAAGUCGGAGAUCGGCGACGCCGGCUCCUACUUUGACCAGCACUGGGCAUCAGAGCGCAGCCUGCUCAGCCGACCCUACACCUCCGUCUCGCCUUCGCUCUCCUCCUCCUCCUCGAGCUACUCCAGCAUGGCCAACGGCCGGGGCUGGCCACGGGGCGAGCCCAGCGAGGGUGGUGCUAACGAGGACGAGUUGCCGCCGGCAGAUGACGAGCCCCACCGGCUGACGGAGAUGAAGACGGAGGGAGCCGGCGCGGAGCCGGCAGCUGGCGGUCGUCUCUCCUACUACCCUGCCUACGUGCCGCGGACCCUGAAGCCCACCGUGCCGCCGCUGACGCCGGAGCAGUACGAGAUGUACAUGUACAGGGAGGUGGACACGCUGGAGCUGACCCGGCAGGUCAAGGAGAAGUUGGCCAAGAACGGCAUCUGCCAGAGGAUCUUCGGAGAGAAGGUGCUGGGGCUGUCCCAGGGCAGCGUGAGCGACAUGCUGUCGCGGCCCAAGCCGUGGAGCAAGCUGACACAGAAGGGACGGGAGCCCUUCAUCCGUAUGCAGCUCUGGCUGACCGACCAGCUGGGCCAAGGCAUCAGCCAGCAGCCGACACCCUCCCAGGCCAGCCCGGCGGAGCCCCAGCCGUCCCCCUCGCCGCCCCCCAGCCCCGCCGAGCACGAGAAGGGCUGCCAGGAGCCCCUCACCCUGGCCUUGGAGAGCAGCAAAGAAAACCAGCAGCCCGAGAGCCGGUCGACGCCUGCGCUAGGUGGGAAGACGUACCCCAACAGCCAGGGACCCAUGGGCAUCCAGGAGAUCGUCGCCAUGUCCCCCGAGCUGGACACCUACUCCAUCACCAAGAAGGUCAAGGAGGUCUUGACGGACAACAAUUUAGGCCAGCGGCUGUUCGGGGAGAGCAUCCUGGGCCUGACGCAGGGCUCGGUGUCCGAUCUCCUCUCCAGGCCCAAGCCGUGGCACAAGCUGAGCCUGAAGGGGAGGGAGCCCUUCGUCCGCAUGCAGCUCUGGCUCAACGACCCCCACAACGUGGAGAAGCUGCGCGACAUGAAGAAGCUGGAGAAGAAAGCCUACCUGAAACGUCGGUACGGGCUGAUGAGCGCCGGCUCGGACAGUGAGUCCCCCAGCGCCCGCUCCGAGUGCGCCAGCCCCAGCCUGCAGCCGCAGGACCUCAGCCUCCUCCAGAUCAAGAAGCCGCGCGUGGUGCUGGCCCCAGAGGAGAAGGAAGCCCUGAAGAAAGCCUACCAGCUGGAGCCCUACCCCUCCCAGCAGACCAUCGAGCUGCUCUCCUUCCAGCUCAACCUCAAGACCAACACCGUCAUCAACUGGUUCCACAACUACAGGUCACGGAUGCGCCGGGAGAUGCUGGUGGAGGGUGCGCAGGACAAUGACACGGACCCGGAGCAGAGCGGCGGGGCGGCCAUCCCUGGGCGCCGGGCCCCCCACAGCCCCGAUUCGGAUGCCGAGGACCGUAAACCCGUGUUCGGGGGGGGCGAGCACCCCUGCGCCGCCGCACCCGUGAAGGUGAAGGAGGAGCAGGGGGAGGCGGGCGGCUGGGGCCGCCGGCAGGACUCGCGCAGCCCGGCCGGGGCGGCCGAGGGGACCGGACCUCCCCAGGAGGAGCGGGGGGCAGCCCCCCACGCCGCCGCCCCUAGCACCGGCAGCCUCCCGCGGCGGGGGGGCCGUGCCGGUGCCACCGCCGGGGGACCCCCGCCGCCACCGCCGCCGCACCCCGACAGCUCCCAGUCCUCCGCGGGGUCAUCCCGUUGCAGCUUGGAGGUCUCCCCGACAUCGCCCUCGGCGGCAUCCUCGCCCGGCCUCGCCGGCUCGGCCUCACCGGGGCCAUCCUCUGCCGGGCCGGUCUCACCGGCGCUGCCGCCGGCUCCCGGCCCCCGGCUCAGCACCAGCGUCCAGCGGCGUCACGAGAAGAUGGCCAACCUCAACAACAUCAUCCACCGCCUGGAGCGGGCCGCCAACCGCGAGGAGGCCCUCGAGUGGGAGUUCUGA